AUGUCAGUUUGCUCCGAUGAUCUCUACAUGGAUAUCAGUGGUUGUAAUAGUUCAGGUGUUGUUGACGAUCUAUUCCUUGGAAUCGAAGCAGAUUUUAUUGGCACAUCUGAUCUCUCAGAUUUCUUCGAGAAUGAUUAUUUUUCUGAAUUAGAUGAUACGCGUUCAUUAUUUCAACAAUUUCCAAAUCCGUCUAGUCUUUUACCAGCUCCGCAACGCAGUGCACCCUCGUCACCAAAACUUCGAGGAAAAAACCGUACAAACAAUCAUGGAAGACAACUACCGACCAAGUUAUGGUCGAAAAUGACUAGUGAUGAACAAACAGCCACAACCGAUGAUUUAACCUUGAUUAUUAACAAGCAACUUGGACGACGAGAACAACUAGAAAUCAUUCGAAUUUUACAACCCGAUGGUCCACAACUAAUGCCACAUCAAACCGAGUUUAUCUUAGAUUUCUCUCAAAUGAAUGACGAAAAACAUCGGCGAAUUAAAAAUAUCAUUAAAUUCAAUCUAAUUGGCACGAGUGGAUCUAUGAAUGAUGAAAGUGAUGGUUAUUCAUCGUUGUCGUCGAAUAAGAGUGAUCCAUUGCAUCAACGUAUCGAGAAAGCUUUAAAACUACGACAGCGCAAAGAACAGCGCCAAGCUGCUAAAGAACACCGAUCAGGUUUAUUUAAUGCUCAACAUCAUCAAGUAUUGGAACUAACCAAAUGCGAUGAAGAUAUUGAAGUAGAUAUUUUAUCAUAA